AUGAUACUGACAUCAUUGGGCGUAUCAGACGUUAUAGGAAUAAUUAUAUUCUUUUACGUCGCAAAAUUUUAUUACAAGUAUUUUACACGUCCGAAUCCUUUACCUGGGUCUAUCCCACUACCUAUAAUUGGAGAUUUAUUAGGAUUAAUUUAUUAUGCUAAAGGGGAUUUUACAGAAUGGUACAAGAUACUACAUCAAAGACAUGGUGAUAUUUUCGAAUCAUAUAUGGGUGGUUUUCGAAGG